AUGGCGGUGGGGAAGAUGCAUGAGCCACAGUUCUCACAGUACAGGAUGCAAUUCGCCAGGGUCUCCUACUUGAUGGCCACCGUUGAGGACAUCUUCGGCGAGCAUCAGUCUGUUCAGGAGCUCGAAUGCUUUGUGCAAGUUGUUGAGAGGUGGGAUCUUCAAGCGGCAGAGCAGCUGCCACAGUCACUGAGGGUCUUCUAUGCGGCUGUCUACAACACAACCAACCAGAUCAGCUACACUGUUCUUAGGAGGCAUGGCCGUGAUAUAACUUCACACAUGAGGAGAGCAUGGGUGAGUGUGUGCAGAGAUGACUUGGUUGAGGCAAGGUGGCACCAUGCCCAACAGACACCAAGGCUAGAGGAACAUUUGAGCAACAUCCGGGCAGCCAUGACCAGCCCUAUUCUCCUCCCUGCCUACUUCUUCCUCUCCCAAAACAUUGAGGAACAAUCCAUCCAGCAGCUGCAGUCUGAGUCCAACAUCAUCAACUUGUCAUCGAUGAUAGUUCGUCUCUCGGCUGACCUCCAGAGAUCCAGGAGUGAGUCUGAAUCAGUCCUACGCUUUGCUCAUGAAGCAGCUCCCGAUUCAGGGGGUUCGGCUAUAGCCGAAUGCGGGGGCUUGCUUAAGAAUAAGAAAGAGGAAUUAACUUUGGCAAUGCCUAAUAGGCGGCCGGAGUCGGAGAUCAAUCCUCAGGCCGUAUACCUUUGA